AAUUCUAAUUUUUUUGACAACAUUUAUCUCCAAAAAAAAUCGGAUGAUUUGAUAUUUAUAUGUCUGUUUAUAUUAUCCAUUUUACCCAUUUCAAAUUACAUAAAUUUUUGUUCAGAUCAAUCAAUUCAAAUUGUUCGUAUUUGUUUCGAAAAAAAAUGUCUUCAACAAUGAAUUCAUCAUCAUCAUCAUCUAAAUCACCAAUUCCAUUUCAAACAUCACCUGAUGAUUCGUUUGCAUCCAUUAAUAAUGCAUUAUCAUCAUCGUGUUCAUCCAUUUCAUCAAAUACUAGUACCAUUUCGAAUGAUUCAUGUUACACAUCAUUAUCGGAAGGACAAAUGGCAUUACAUAUUAUGUUAUACAAUUCGAUAAAUAUAAUAUCAAAACGAUUUUCACAGACAAAAAUCUAUUGUAAAUUCAAUAGCUUUGAAAUGGAUUCGAUUGAUGAAACUCUGGAUACGGCACAUGAUGAUGAUUUGGAUCAUUGUAUGGAUCAAUAUCCAUUUGAUGUGGCUGCCAUGAAUGAUUCUGAAUAUAAAUUCAAAAAUCAAAAUCUUUUUGGACGUUUAAUUCAAACGAAUGAAUUUGUAAUUGUACGAUGUAAAAUUCCUUUGACUGGCAAUAUUGGUAUACGAGUUGAUUUAUUCCAAAAAAUCGAAAUGAACGAUAAUAGCAAUGGUGAUGGCCAUGAUGAUUAUAAUAAAAUUGCUUUUGGUUAUAUCUAUCCGGUGAAUGCCAGUGAAAGUAGUGGAAUGUUUACCGUUCCGAUCACAUCGAAAAUGGGCAAAAUUAUUGCUCACUUCAAAGCCGAAUAUUUCAUUACAAAACCAUACAAUGGCAUGGCAAUCGAACCGAUUAAAUGGAAAUCAAAGAUACGAAACAUUAAAAGCUGGCAAUUGAAAAAGACUGGUUUUGAUAUUGGUCAUCGAGGUGCUGGGUGUGCUCGUCGUAUCGAUAGUUGCGAGAAGGUUUUGGAGAACACAAUCGAUUCGUUUAAUUAUGCAUUCAAAAAGGGUGCUGAUAUGGUCGAAUUAGAUGUACAAUUGUCAAAAGAUAAAAUACCAAUCAUUUAUCAUGAUUUCAAUGUGAAUAUUGUUAUUCAACAGAAAGAUCAAAUGGCCGAAAAUUUUCAGAUGAACAUCAAAGAUUUAACCUAUGAACAGUUACAAAAACUAAAGUUACGACCAUUACAACGACAUGGAAAAGAAUGUUAUGAUUUUGAUGGUGAUAUUAACAGUCCACAUGGCCUUCCAUUUGCAAGUCUUCAAACAGUGUUGAAAUCAGUUGAAGCUAAUUGUGGCUUCAAUGUGGAAAUAAAAUAUCCACAGAAAAAAAUUAAUGGCGAUUGGGAAGCGGAAAAAUCACAUGACCUAAAUGAGUAUGUUGAUUUAAUCUUACAGGAUUUAUUUCUUUAUGCUGAAGAUCGAAAAAUUAUCAUAUCAUCCUUUCAUCCGGAAAUAUGUUCAAUGGUAAAGUUGAAACAAGAUCGCUAUCCAAUAUUGUUUCUCACUCAGGGCUUGACUACUAAAUGGACAAAAUAUCAUAAUCCAUUGAAUCAUUCAAUUGAAAUGGCAGCUUAUCUAGCAUUAUGUAUGGAUUUGUAUGGUGUUGCUGUACACGCCGAAGAUAUUAUCAAAAAUUCAACAUUAAUACGUUUUGUAAAAUCUAAAUCCUUGGUACUUUUCUGUUGGGGUGAUGAUCUUAAUGAUCGUGAACUAAUUAAAAAACUUAAAAAAGAAGGAAUCGAUGGAGCUAUAUAUGAUAAAAUCGAUUUAUUGAUUUCCAAGCCGGAAAGUCAUGAAAAUCCUAGUUGUACAAUGUCACCACCAGUAUCGUUGAAUAUUAAUUGAAAAAAAAAUUGUUUCUAUAAAAUUGAUUGUACACCAUAAUAUAGUGUUUUUCAAAUUGUUUUUAUUCAAAUACUUCAAUU